AUGUCGAGGAGAACUAAAAAAGUUGGUUUAACAGGAAAAUAUGGUACUAGAUAUGGAUCAUCACUUCGUAAACAAAUGAAGAAAAUUGAAUUAAUGCAACAUGCCAAAUACUUAUGUUCCUUUUGUGGAAAGACUGCAACAAAAAGAACAUGUGUUGGCAUAUGGCAAUGCAAAAAAUGUAAAAGAAAAGUAUGUGGUGGAGCAUGGAGCUUAACAACCCCAGCAGCAGUUGCAGCAAAAUCAACAAUUAUAAGAUUAAGAAAACAAAAAGAAGAAGCUCAGAAAUCUUAA